ACUCUUGUUUUUGGUUCCUAACUCGAUUUUUUGGUUCCUAACUCGACUUUUCAAAAACUGACUUCAGUGCCCUCCGGUCAACCCGGUCGCCCCGAGAACUGGACAAUUCCCCGUGAACAAAAAAAUUGACGCCUGAGGCGUCAAGUAACGCCUGACGGGAAUAGGCACCUUAUACUUGGAAGGUAGAAUAAAAGAAGCUCCUGCUGCCCGUAAACAACAAGAGAAAGGAUCACCUGCGUUCCGGAUCACCGUCCCGGGAGUGCUUGUUAACCGAUUCUGUCGAUUUAUUGAAAAUGAUCGAACAACAGAAGCAACGGAUAGAGAUGGAGAUCACCAAGCAGUUGGAUGAUCUCGAUCGCACGGUACUGCGGAAAAUGCAGGCAGAUAUGCAUGAUUGUGCGGCCAAGUGUUGCAAGGACAUGACCUCCUCAAUGGACACGGUACAGCAGUGCGUCGAACGGUGUUCCGUGCCUGCUCAGCGAGCGCAGCAGCACGUGGAAACGGAAAUGAACUCGUUCAACAACCGGCUCCAGCGCUGCGUUAUGGACUGCAACGACAGUAUCAAGGAUAAGAUGGGACCGAAUCCGUCGGAAGGAGAAAUCGCCAAGUACACGGCCGAGUUCGAACGAUGUGCCAUCAAAUGUGUGGACAAGCACGUCGAGAUUCUACCAAACAUGUUCGCCAGCAUGCGGAAAGUGUUGCAACGUCGGUCCUCGUGAAGAGGCCGUGCUGGAUGUGUUCAGUUGAAAGCGUGCGUCCAAUCGCGGGAGCAUGCAGCAUUUUGCCUUUAUUUGUACGGGAUCCAUGAUUCUCCUUGAGUAUAGUUUUGCUCUAUCUGUGGGUUUCGUUAUUGCAGGGAUUAUGGGAAGUUGUAUAUUAUAUAGAACCAGUGCGCUGCAAUAAAUGAAUCGUGACAAAUCAA